AUGGGAGCUUAACCCGUUUGAGUGCAGCGCAUACCUCCCCUGAGUCUGACCCACCUCCCUCCAGUGGAUGUCCGAAUUUCUCAACAGAGGUAGCUUCCAAAACGAGGUAAAACUUUUUACUUACUAUUUGUUGGUUGGUCUGUAUUUGUCUCCAAAAAGUUACAAAGUCAGAUAUCAAUCUACUGUUGUUUUUAGACUUUAACGUUUUAUGAGGAAAACAUGCGGACGUUGUGAAGCCUUACCCACAAUGACAUUUGGAAGUUCUUGACAUAACACAGGCUUUCUAUUCGCUGUCAAUCCCCACGGUGCAGAAGGCAACACUUGUGAACGAAUAUGAUUACGAGCUGCCUCAAAUGUCCUAAGGCUAGACAGAAAAUAUCAUACAAGCAAUUUAGACUUCAGAGACCUUUGCUGUGUAUUCUUUAUUUGGGCUACUUUUUGGUGGUGUUUUUUAUGUCGUGGGCAUAUGCAGGUGCAUAUAUAUAUAUAUAUAUAUAUAUAUAUAUAAAAUGUUAUUUUUCUUUAUAAGGCUGAUCUCAAUGUUGUCCUAUAUACAACAAAUGUAAACUUAUUUCAAGGAGGACUAAGAUACUGCAGCUUUUGGGCGUCUCUUUCUGAGAAGAAGACAUGAUUCUAUGCAAUUUAAUUAUCCAAUUACACUAAUUUAGUUAUGAGAGGUUAAGCAGGCAAAAACAUCACAUUGUACAAAACAUUUCCUUUUUAUAGGUUAUCACUGUUGUCUGCUACUAUAUAAAAAAAAGCCUACCUCUUUGAUUUACAGACAGUUCACACCCACAAUAUGACAUUAUGAAAUGUCUUACAUUGAACUAUAAUGUGAAUAGCUAACAUCAAUGUCCAAAUCAAUGAGACAGGACAGAGCCCAGGUAGCAUGCUUUUUAGCUGUUUGCCCAACAUAUAUAAGCCAUUUUCACUAAGAACUCUUCACAAGGUUGCUGGUUUUGUAUUUACUGUUGAUAAUGGAGGACAAAGUAUUCACCCCUUCUAUCAGAGUUGACCAGAAGUCAACAGGAGGGGUUAAUCUGUGGGACAGCUGUGCCAACUCUAGUUGUGUAGUAGUUAAUGUGCAAAAGUUGGCUUAUGAAUCAAGGAUCAUGUCUCUGAAUAUUCAAUUGACAGGGAAUUCUAGUGUCAACAUCAAUUUGCUUUUACUUUGUAAUCGAGUUGGCGACAGCAAGACUUAAAUUGUGUCUUUGAAUGUAGCCUACUGGGUAGCACAAACUAUAACAUUUAUUUAUAGAGAUCUAAAUUCAAACCAAGGGAAGUCAGCAGAAUUACAUUUUAGAAGGGGGGGUUUCAACAUGGCAUUUAGACAGGCAGCCCAAUUCUGAUCUUUUUUUCAGAAAUUGGUCUUUUCACUAAUCAGAUCAGCUCUGAAAAAGAUCUGAUGUGAAAAGAUCUGAUGUGAUUGGUCAAAAGACCAAUUAGUGGAAAAAAUAUCGGAAUUGGGCUGCCUGUGUGAAGACAGCCAAUAUGUCAGAUGGUUUACACAGGAAUAAAUCCUUACCUAUUUAGGGCUUAAUUAUACCCAGCAUAGUUCUGAUUUCAACUGACUAUCAACUCAACAUAGUAUUUUGUUUCUCAAUGACUGUAAAUCAUGAUUAAUACUACCUUAUUUCACUCACUGUAUGCGAUUUAUUUAACAAGGCAUUGAUCACCCCAGUGUUCAGAAACAACUAAAGCACAUUAAUUAAACCACUUUAGUCCAACUCUCCACCCACUGCACCAUCAGUUUGUAGUUUAGAGAAAAUAAUACAGAGUACACUUAGUCCAUGUGGCCGCAGAGACAAAUCACAUUAACUUAAAUGAAUUAGUUGUUGAUCCAGCAUGAUUUACUGAAUUAGUGUUUGAUCCAGAAUGAUUUACUGAAUUACUGUUUGAUCCAGCAUGAUUUCUGAAAUCGUUUUUGAUCCAGCAUGAUUUACUGAAUUAGUGUUUGAUCCAGCUUGAUUACUGUUCAUUUACAGUCUUCACAAGGUUCUCCAUACAGAGCCUAAUCUUGACAUGAACAGGUUUAUCACCUUACCUAAGGACUAAAUGUGCUGUGAUGUACUGUACUGUACUGUAGCAUCAGUUCAAAAGCAUCCGCUUUUAAAUGUUUUCCCCAAGAGCAAGGCCAUGCUAUGAUCAAACACUCAGCCUUUGGUCAUAUGUCUGUUGUUGCUUAGGGGCACUGUUUUACUAUAAUGAGCAAUGUGUGAUCACACUUUGAAUAUUCGUAUCAACUCUGCAGGUGCUAGCUACCUGAGCGAUGCCUCUGGAGCUCCGAGCUUAGAGACAGACGCCGCCCAUCACAUCCCAUCACUGACUGCCUCAACAGGCCACAGGGCCCAACUCCAGGCCCUUUCCACACCAGCCCAGGCGAGAGAGUGAACCUGAGUCACCAUGAUAGACCUGAGCCAUCUGACGGAGGAGGAACAGUCGAUGAUCAUGACCGUGCUGAAGAGAGACGAAGAGCUGAAGAAAACAGAGGAGGAGAGGAUCAAGUGAGUGUGUGAUAGCCAUAUUUUCACAGCUCUGAACCAUGACUGUCAUUAGAUUAUUUAAUAGUUUCCACAUCUUAUUUUUAUAGCAUUAGUGUUGCCCCACUUAGCAUCUCCACCCUCUAAAUACAUGCUUUGUGUAUUGCAUGUAAAUAUGCUAUAUUUGAUUAGAUAAUGUUAUGUUUUCAAUAUUGUUUUAUUUUUUAGUUCCUAUUCGUUCCUUUUCAUUCUAUGAGGAGAGUGGUUUCUCUGUCAACCUCCCCCACCUGUGUGGGAGUGGUAAACAGGCCGGUGAGGUGAUGUUUGUCUGUCUGUAAUAUAACACAGCCGGAUACGGACACUGCCUCCACCACAGAGCGGCUUCAAUGUGAGAUAAGCAAUUAGAUUAUCCCUCCAAUUCAACUUCACAGAACCACGUGGGAGAGAAAAAUGCAGGCUCAAUGGUCCGAAAUAGAUACCCUCAGAGGUAGAACACAGAGAUACACCUCACUGCGUUUAACCAUGGAAUCCUGAGGCACAUCCACUACAUAAACAACGUUGUGUUGAUGUAUACUCAGACAGACUUAGAAUUUCUUGUCAUGUCAUUACACAUUCAGACGUGCUAACUAAGGACAACUGGGUAUCUUAAAUUAGCUUCAGUCUUAAGCCUUCUUGUCAAAGCAGUUCCACAGUGAGACAAAAGUCGAGAAACAAAGGCCUAUUCACUUUGAUUCUGUAAUGGAGUUGGCCAGACAAGUCUAUUUCUAACAGUAGAAGACUGGAGACUGACUCUGUAUGGUUGACUUGUCUGUGUUCCGCCAUGGCCUUAGUGUAAAAGGAUUAGCGCCAAUCAUGUGUAAUACUGUGCUACCCCCCUUUCACAUGACCAGGGUUGUUUACCUUCUCUUUUCCACCUUCUCCUCCCUCCUUAAUCCUACACCCUCUCCCUCCUCCCUUUUUGCAGACGACUUUGUCAAUCACUUUGAAAAGAAGGUUGACGACAUCCGCUCCUCAUUCAUUCAACCUAUUGAGUCCACUGGUCUCACUCAUACAGAACUACCCUGCGCCUUGACCUCUUUCUCCCCUCUCUCUCCAGAUGAAAUCCUGCGACUAGUGAGGUCUGGCCGCCCGACAACCUGCCCGCUCGACCCCAUCCCUCCUCCAUUCUCCAGACCAUCUCUGGAGAACUUCUCACCCUCAUCAACUCAUCUUUGACCACUGGCUGCAUCCCCUCAGAUUUCAAAAUGUCCCAAGUGGUUCCCCUCCUCAAGAAACGAACACUCAACUCCUCUGAUGUCAAAAACUACUACCGGAAUCCCUUCUUUCUUUUCUUUCCAAAACACUUGAGCGUGCUGUCUGUGACCAACUCUCUCGCUAUCUCUCUCAGAACGAUCUUCUUGACCCUAACCAGUCAGGCUUCAAGACAGGUCACUCAACCGAGACUGCUCUUCUCUGUUUCACGGAGGCUCUCCGCACUGCCGAAGCUGACUCUAUCUCCUCUGUUCUUAUCCUCCUAGAUCUGUCUGCUGCCUUCGACACUGUGAACCAUCAGAUCCUCCUCUCAGGGCUGGGCGUCUCAGGCUCUGCACACUCUCGAAUUGCAUCUGACCUGGCAGGCCGCUACUACCAGGUGAUGUGGAGAGGAUCUGUGUCUGCACCACGUACUCUCACUACUGGUGUCCCCCAGGGCUCGGUUCUAGGCUCUCUCCUCUUCUCUCUAUACACCAAGUCACUGGGCUCCGUCAUAUCCUCACAUGGUCUCUCCUAUCUUUGCUAUGCGGAUGACACUCAACUACUGUUCUCCUUCCCCCCUUCUGACACCCAGGUGGCGACACGCAUCUCUGCGUGCCUGGCAGAUAUUUCAGCUUGAAUGUCGGCCCACCACCUCAAACUCAACCUCAACAAGACGGAGUUGCUCUUCCUCCUGGGGAAGGCCUGCCCGCUCAAAGACCUCUCCAUCACGGUUGACAACUCUACGGUGUCCCCCUCCCAGAGUGCAAAGAACCUUGGCGUGACCCUGGACGACACCCUGUCAUUCACUGCAAAUAUCAAAGCAGUGCCUUGCUCCUGCAGGUUCAUGCUCUACAACAUCAAUAGAGUACGACCUUAUCUCACACAGGAAGUGGCGCAGGUCCUAAUCCAGGCACUUGUCAUCUCCCGUGUGCCGAAAGCACUUACUAUAAGUCGCUCUGGAUAAGAAAGUCUGCUAAAUGACUAAAAUGUCAAAUGUAAAAGGAAAGAUGAGUCCUAACCCUGCUAAUGGCAAAACUUUUGCGAUUCCCAAUUAUGUGCACUGUUUCUCUUAUUGUAACAGAAUUAUGUUUCACAAGAACGUUGGCAAACAACAAAGGCUCCGCAGCUUUUCAAAGAUGUCAGGUUCAUCAUCAAGUUCCAGUUGAGCCUUUUCUCUAGUUCGCAUAUUUGAAAAGUAAACAAAUGCAAUUAAACAGUAUUUGAUUAGAAACCUGAUAUCACUUCUGUAAUCGAAUAAAGUGUGUUAUAUAUGAGGUGGCAUUAGUGAGGAGUUGUGUUCAAACAGAUAUGCUGCAGCUUCAGGUGGUUGCCUGUGGUGGUAUGGCCCUUUUGUUUGCCCAAGGAAUUAUGUUUCCCCCAUAAUAUGAGAGUAGAGUUACACAGAACAACCAUGAAUAAAAACUAGAAACGGUGUCACUGUCUUGGUCAAACUCGCUUGUUCACUUGAAUAAAAAGGCAUAUAUUGUAUGUACUCUCAGUGCAUAUCCAGCUAAACAGUGUUGUUACAAAGAAAACGUCUUGCGGUUGAAAUAUAUAUGGCAAAUAGAAAUCCUAAAUGGAUGGUGUUAAGAGAUAGAUGGGAGGUAUUGAAUGGAGUUGAAGGAUGGGACUAAUAACAAAUAACAACAAAUAAUAACAAGAUAACUAAUAAUGUAAGCAUACUGUGUCCAUAAUAACUAUAUAGGUUGUAUGUUGGGAGCUUUUGGGAAAGAGCACAGUUAGAAAGAUAUGGCAUAUACAGUGGGGGAAAAAAAGUAUUUAGUCAGCCACCAAUUGUGCAAGUUCUCCCACUUAAAAAGAUGAGAGAGGCCUGUAAUUUCCAUCAUAAGUACACGUCAACUAUGACAGACAAAAUGAGGAAAAAAAAUCCAGAAAAUCACAUUGUAGGAUUUUUAAUGAAUUUAUUUGCAAAUUAUGGUGGAAAAUAAGUAUUUGGUCAAUAACAAAAGUUUCUCAAUACUUUGUUAUAUACCCUUUGUUGGCAAUGACACAGGUCAAACGUUUCUGUAAGUCUUCACAAGGUUUUCACACACUGUUGCUGGUAUUUUGGCCCAUUCCUCCAUGCAGAUCUCCUCUAGAGCAGUGAUGUUUUGGGGCUGUCGCUGGGCAACACAGACUUUCAACUCCCUCCAAAGAUUUUCUAUGGGGUUGAGAUCUGGAGACUGGCUAGGCCACUCCAGGACCUUGAAAUGCUUCUUACGAAGCCACUACUUCGUUGCCCGGGCGGUGUGUUUGGGAUCAUUGUCAUGCUGAAAGACCCAGCCACGUUUCAUCUUCAAUGCCCUUGCUGAUGGAAGGAGGUUUUCACUCAAAAUCUCACGAUACAUGGCCCCAUUCAUUCUUUCCUUUACACGGAUCAGUCGUCCUGGUCCCUUUGCAGAAAAACAGCCCCAAAGUAUGAUGUUUCCACCCCCAUGCUUCACAGUAGGUUUGGUGUUCUUUGGAUGCAACUCAGCAUUCUUUGUCCUCCAAACACGACGAGUUGAGUUUUUACCAAAAAGUUCUAUUUUGGUUUCAUCUGACCAUAUGACAUUCUCCCAAUCCUCUUCUGGAUCAUCCAAAUGCACUCUAGCAAACUUCAGACGGGCCUGGACAUGUACUGGCUUAAGCAGGGGGACACGUCUGGCACUGCAGGUUUGAGUCCCUGGCGGCGUAGUGUGUUACUGAUGGUAGGCUUUGUUACUUUGGUCCCAGCUCUCUACAGGUCAUUCACUAGGUCCCCCCGUGUGGUUCUGGGAUUUUUGCUCACCGUUCUUGUGAUAAUUUUGACCCCACGGGGUGAGAUCUUGCGUGGAGCCCCAGAUCGAGGGAGAUUAUCAGUGGUCUUGUAUGUCUUCCAUUUCCUAAUAAUUGCUCCCACAGUUGAUUUCUUCAAACCAAGCUGCUUACCUAUUGCAGAUUCAGUCUUCCCAGCCUGGUGCAGGUCUACAAUUUUGUUUCUGGUGUCCUUUGACAGCUCUUUGGUCUUGGCCAUAGUGGAGUUUGGAGUGUGACUGUUUGAGGUUGUGGAAAGGUGUCUUUUAUACUGAUAACAAGUUCAAACAGGUGCCAUUAAUACAGGUAAUGAGUGGAGGACAGAGGAGCCUCUUAAAGAAGAAGUUACAGGUCUGUGAGAGCCAGAAAUCUUGCUUGUUUGUAGGUGACCAAAUACUUAUUUUCCACCAUAAUUUGCAAAUAAAUUCAUAAAAAAUCCUACAAUGUGAUUAUCUGGAAUUUUUUUCUCAAUUUGUCUGUCAUAGUUGACGUGUAUCUAUGAUGAAAAUUACAGGCCUCUCUCAUCUUUUUAAGUGGGAGAACUUGCACAAUUGGUGGCUGACUAAAUACUUUUUUCCCCCACUGUAGAAGCAAACCGGAUGGACAUCAUGAAAAUGAUCGGAGAGGUUGAGAGUAGAAGAAGUUCAGGAGCAAAAGCAAAUAAAAUAGAAUUAUAGGCUAAGUAUAGGCUGAAAGUAGAGGCCUGGGCAUUGUUGUUCACUAAUUUACUCCAAGUAGGGAAAGGAUGGCGGGGUUGAAAAGUAAUAAAGGGGAGGAUAUAUAUAAAAAACAUGGGGGAUUGGAAGUGAUGCAGACAAUUACAUUGAUGGAAGUUACAAUCUAUCUGCAAUAUUAAGCUGAUCUACCCCCAAGAAAAAAGAAGAAAAAAAAGAAAACGUCUUGCGUAGUCACAAACAACGAAUUCAAAGGGAAAUCAUUGUUGAGCUUUCCCUCAUUUAAUACUUAUUGAAUAAAGUAAGUGUUUUCUCCUCCCAAAGAAUGUGAACUAUUUGGCACAAGCGCUGCAUUGUGUUCCCAUCUCUAUUGGUUUAGAUUGUUAACUCAUGUGGUGGUAAAUGUACCUUUUCCCUGUCAACCUUUAGCCUAUAGUGUGUCUCUCAACCAGAAUACAUCAAUGGCAUUACCUAAAGGUAAUUAUUCAGAAUCACAUCCUUGACUGAACUGUGUUCUAGCCAUGACCUCUUGUGCUUAUGUGUUUAACAGGUAACUGGACUGUAUCCUGUAUAGUGUAAUGUACCUGUGUGUGUUUUUCCCAUCAGGCAGCUGCAGAAAACCAGCGCCCCAGUGGAGAGCAGGCUCAAGUACCUGACAGGAGAGUGGUUUUACGAGGCCAAGUCUCUGAGACACAGGGAUAAGAUCCAUGGCUCCGAAAUCAUCCUGGCCUCCAUGAAGCAGAGGAAAGCAGGUUCUUUAGGUGGGUCAGCAACACUGUUCAAACAACUAAUUUAGUGCUCACACAAAGAUAAGCAUGUGUGCAGUACACACAUACUGCCGUAUAAUGAAAAAGCCAUACAUCAGAGUAGAAUGUGUACGGAGGGGUGCUACCAAAGUCAGGCCGCAAAGGUACUGUAUUUAGUACUAAACGCUUAUUGCGUCAUGAUUGCAAGGUGUCCUGAUAUCUUUCCAACUGUCCUUUUAUCUGGUUUUAAUGUCCAUUCUAGAUCACCUUUCUAACCAAUCAGGAAUGUGUAUUCAACAAUGCUGUGGUAUAAGUAAAAUUUAUGAUAUUGGGUUUGUAUGUCCAGAUCAUCAGCAGACAUGGGUUAUUGAGUUUAUAGCGAGUGUACUGUAAGCACUUAUUCCCUGUCUGUCUGUCUGUCUGUCUGUCUGUCUGUCUGUCUGUCUGUCUGUCUGUCUGUCUGUCUGUCUGUCUGUCUGUCUGUCUGUCUGUCUGUCUGUCUGUCUGUCUGUCUGUCUGUCUGUCUGUCUGUCUGUCUGUCUGUCUGUCUGUCUGUCUGUCUGUCUGUCUGUCUGUCUGUCUGUCUGUCUGUCUGUCUGUCUGUCUGUCUGUCUGUCUGUCUGUCUGUCUGUCUGUCUGUCUGUCUGUCUGUCUGUCUGUCUGUCUGUCUGUCUGUCUGUCUGUCUGUCUGUCUGUCUGUCUGUCUGUCUGUCUGUCUGUCUGUCUGUCUGUCUGUCUGUCUGUCUGUCUGUCUGUCUGUCUGUCUGUCUGUCUGUCUGUCUGUCUGUCUGUCUGUCUGUCUGUCUGUCUGUCUGUCUGUCUGUCUGUCUGUCUGUCUGUCUGUCUGUCUGUCUGUCUGUCUGUCUGUCUGUCUGUCUGUCUGUCUGUCUGUCUGUCUGUCUGUCUGUCUGUCUGUCUGUCUGUCUGUCUGUCUGUCUGUCUGUCUGUCUGUCUGUCUGUCUGUCUGUCUGUCUGUCUGUCUGUCUGUCUGUCUGUCUGUCUGUCUGUCUGUCUGUCUGUCUGUCUGUCUGUCUGUCUGUCUGUCUGUCUGUCUGUCUGUCUGUCUGUCUGUCUGUCUGUCUGUCUGUCUGUCUGUCUGUCUGUCUGUCUGUCUGUCUGUCUUUCUUUCUUUCUUUCUUUCUUUCUUUCUUUCUUUCUUUCUUUCAGAUGGGUCUCUGUCCAGACCCAGAGCAGUCAGCGGUAAAGUCUCAGACAUCACCCCCCCUCCAAAACCUUCCAGGCUCCUGGUGGCACCAACACAACCAACACAGCCCCAAGAGAACAGGUGAUCCACUGCUCCACUGCAUUCCUAACCCAUUCCUCUCUCUACUGUAACCUAUUACUCUACCCAGUCUCAUAACCAUGCCUUGAGGCUAAGUCAGUAUAGAAGUUCAGCAUGAGUGAUCAAUCAUAAUGUUUGCCUGCACAGAGUGAGUGAGAUACUCGUGUGUUUGAACAGCUCCUGAGUCCUGUGGUGUGUGUGUGUCUUAGGUGUGUGUGUGUGUCUUAGGUGUGUCUCUAGACUCAAUUUGAGUCAACAUAGGUGGUGCUCACUCCUUGCAUGGAAUCUGUCUCCUCUGUUAUAUUUCACGAGGCUAGGAGUCAGUCACUAUGGGAAUGCUAUAAAAAGUGAUUAUUUUGAGAAGCCGGUAAUUCAAUUUGAGAGGCCUGUAAUUUUAUGUGUGGCUGUUAUUGUACAGGUAACGUGGCAGUAUGAUUCUCUACCCAGUCACUUGUAUUUGAACCGGUUCAAGUUCGGGAGGGGGGCUGCCAGGGGUUUGCGUAGGGAGAGGGUUGGGAAGAUUUAGGAAAUUGUUUCAGAAAAUGUUUAAUUUGUAUAUCUUACACCACUUCCUAAAGUCACUACAAAGUGAAGUCUUGUAGUGAAGAUGGGUGUGUUGGCAUGCUAUGCAUGAGGUCAUAUGGGCUGUGUUUAUCUCCCUGACUCCCAGUGGGCAGCAGCCAGCUCUCUAGGCAAGUCGGCCCUUCCACAGCCCUGCCUCCCUUUGAUGUCACAAUUAAUCACAUGUGAGCAGGCAUCAGUUAUGCAGGAGGCGUAUUCACUGAACAGCCAGUCACAGAGGUGCUCAGGAAUUUAAUGAGGAAGUGCAAAUAGGCCACAGUGUAGCAGUGGUCCCCAAAGUCCAUCUGAUUCCAGUGCAGUGUAUCCUGGUCCUCUGAGGGCUGCUCAUCUAUAGUAUACAACCCCAAUUCCUAUUCUAUUCUGAUAGUGAUUAUUCUGUCUCCUUUGCAGCGAAAGCCUCAGUGUAUCAGAUGCAAAGAAAGAGACACUGAAUUCAGUGGUGCGCUCCCCGGGAAGGGUAUGUGAGAUUUCAUUUGCAGAGAGUAUAUGUGAAGCAUGAACAGAAUAAACAAACCUCUGUUUUUCCAAUCACCAUAUCACAGUAUGACUUUUACAGUAUUAUGAAAUAUAGAAUCAUAAACCAAUUGCAUUUCCUAAUAAUGUUAUUCUCUUCUCAUUCCAGCCAAGGCACAAUCCUUUCAAUCGAGCAUCCCUUAUUCUGGAGGUAGAGAAGACAGAAAAACAGUUAUCCAAUGGAAAUCAAGAGGCUGAGAAAGCAUCUGAUGCAGGUUAGAGUGCAGUGCAUAUACCUUUUUACACAAUCAAGCAUUAUGUAAACAUAGAGGUACAUUGUAGAAUAGGAGGUUGAGUCAAAUCGAGUAACAUGAUCUUUCAGGAUGCUAUGAGAACUUAUUUUGGCUGAUUCACAAUAGUGAUUUACAGAUGUAGGAUCUUCAUUUGGUCAUUAUUUUGUUGCUGAGAAUGUUCCUGCACUGCAGAUGAGCUUUGUGAUUUACAUUAAUUCAGAAAAAACACACAGUUAUAUUAACAGUAUUGCACUUUUCAUGUAGCCUACUUUUGGCUAGCUAAUAGCAUAAUCACGAUCAAGCAACAUUAUGGACUAAACGUUCAAAUCCUGUUGCUGCAGGAUUCUUUUUGCUGUGGCAAUAUAGGUCAAAUUAAGAUCCUACAUCUGUAGUAAGGUGAUACUGAUGCCAACCAGGCCUGUGACAUGGCAAGAACUUAUCACAGUAAAUAAUCAUAAUCUCCUCAUGUUCCACCAUUGUGGUCUCACACACACAGAGCCCUUAUCUCCCCUGAAGAUUCACAUGACAGCAGACUCCACCAGUCACAACUCAGCAGGCUCUGCCACCUCCGAAGGGUCCUCUCUAGGAUUCAGGCCCGUGCCCAAGAAGAGAACCUUCCUCUCCCGGCGCUCUCAGAGCUCUCUCACAGGCAGUGAUGCCUCCAUCCCUGGGCAGCAAAGUCAUCCAGCUGGGUCAAAGGUUACCGCCCCUGCCCCUCAGGGAAGUCUCCAACAUGGCUCCAGCUGUGGCUCCAACCAGUCCAGCCAGGGGGCAUUGGACGUUCAGUCACAGAAAAUUACUCCAUCUCCCAUCUCUGAGAUACAGAACAAUGCAAAUCCAGUUUCUCCCUCCAGUCAGCAACUGAACACUUUGAGUCACCUCUCCCAUAAGCCACUGAAGGAUUUAACCCAUAGUCUCCACCAAUACUGAGCUGGAGAGAGAGAAAGAGGCCCAUGAGAGAGAGAGGACAGCAGAGGAGCCCUCAGAUAACUCACUUGUCAGACCACCAGUGAGGACUCCCUCUCCUCUUAGGGAAACUGAGAGUUCCAAAGUUCAAUUGAGGCCCCUGAGUGAGCCAAAGCCUCUCAGACUAUUGGACCUUAGACCAGUCACACACUCUGAUAAUGACAGACACACAGAUAAAUCCUACAGAGGUGGUCAGAAGAGUAGUGAUGGUCUCAUCCAGAGAGAGUUUGUCAAUGUGUGUCCUCCUCAGGGCAGAGAGAGGUCUGAUGGUCAAUUUUCAGAACCUCUGUCCAUACCACUCUCUCCGAGUUCAGAACUAAAAGCCCCUACUCACCACCAGCCUUCUCAGCACGCAACCUUUCAACUCAUUGAGAUGCAGGACAAGGAGAUGAUAAGAACCCGCAGGAUGGGCACCGCAAUCAGACAGGAGGACCUUAGUCUGCCUCCAAGCACUGUGGGUAAGUCCAAAGACAGAAAGUGAGAAUAAAUGGAGCCCACACUACAAUCUAAAACCAGUGUGAAAAUAUAUUCAAAGUCAUUCAAGUUCUUGGCCCAAGGGUACUGUUUAUACAGUUGAAGUCGGAAGUUUACAUACACUUAGGUUGGAGUCAUUAAAACUCGUUUUUCAACCACUCCACAAAUGUCUACUUUGUGCAUGACACAAGUAAUUUUUCCAACAAUUGUUUACAGACAGAUUAUUUCACUUAUAAUUCACUGUAUCACAAUUCCAGUGGGUCAGAAGUUUACAUACACUAAGUUGACUGUGCCUUUAAACAGCUUGGAAAAUUCCAGAAAAUGAUGUCAUGGCUUUAGAAGCUUCUGAUAGGCUAAUUGACAUAAUUUGAGUCAAUUGGAGGUGUACCUGUGGAUGUAUUUCAAGGCCUACCUUCAAACUCAGUGCCUCUUUGCUUGACAUCAUGGGAAAAUCAAAAUAAAUCAGCCAAGACCUCAGAAAAGGUACCACGUUCAUCUGUACAAACAAUAGUACGCAAGUAUAAAUACCAUGGGACCACGCAGCCUUCAUACCGCUCAGGAAGGAGACGCGUGUCUCCUAGAGAUGAACGUACAUUGGUGCGAAAAGUGCAAAUCAAUCCCAGAACAACAGCAAUGGACUUGUGAAGAUGCUGGAGGAAACAGGUACAAAAGUAUCAAUAUCCACAGUAAAACGAGUUCUAUAUCGACAUAACCUGAAAGGCCGCUCAGCAAGGAAGAAGUCACUGCUCCAAAACCGCCAUAAAAAAGCCAGACUACGGUUUGCAACUGCACAUGGGGACAAAGAUUGUACUUUUUGGAGAAAUGUACUCUGGUCUGAUGAAACAAAAAUAUAACUGUUUGGCCAUAAUGACCAUCGUUAUGUUUGGAGGAAAAAGGGGGUUGCUUGCAAGCCAAAGAACACCAUCCCAACUGUGAAGCACGGGGGUGGCAGCAUCACGCUGUGGGGGUACUUUGCUGCAGGAGGGACUGGUGCACUUUCACAAAAUAGAUGGCAUCAUGAGGAAGGAAAAUUAUGUGGAUAUAUUGAAGCAACAUCUCAAGACAUCAGUCAGGAAGUAAAAGCUUGGUCGCAAAUGGGUCUUCCAAAUGGACAAUGACCCCAAGCAUACUUCCAAAGUUUUGGCAAAAUGGCUUAAGGACAACAAAGUCAAGGUAUUGGAGUGGCCAUCACAAAGCCCUGACCUCAAUCCUAUUGAACAUUUGUGGGCAGAACUGAAAAAGCGUGUGUGAGCAAGGAGGCCUACAAACCUGACUCAGUUACACCAGCUCUUAUUGUGUGAAGCUUCUGGAAGGCUCCCCGAAACGUUUGACCCAAGUUAAACAAUUUAAAGGCAAUGCUACCAAAUACUAAUUGAGUGUAUGUAAACUUCUGACCCACUGGGAAUGUGAUGAAAGAAAUAAAAGCUGAAAUAAAUCAUUCUCUCUACUAUUAUUCUGACAUUUCACAUUCUUAAAAUAAAGUGGUGAUCCUAACUGACCUAAGACAGGGAGUGUCAGGAAUUGUGAAAAUUAAAUGUCAGGAAUUGUGAAAAACUGAGUUUAAAUGUAUUUGGCUAAGGUGUAUGUAAACUUCCGACUUCAACUGUACAUGAAUGUGAUCAGUCAAUGGAAUUCUCACUAAUGAUGAAGGGUAUUACUAGGCCACUGUUGAAAUGUCUAAUCUUGAGUUUUUCAGCUUAUUUUUUCAUUCAUCAUAACACUUUUAUUAACUUUCUUUUUUCAGAUCAAUGGACGCAUCAUGAACUCCAUAACUCUGGGGAUAAGCCUGAUAAGCAUGUUCAUAAAAAACCAGUAGGGCGCAAACCUGCCUCUAAAUCAGCCCCCCGUAGUCCCCAACCCACAGGGGAGGAGGGCGACUCCAUCUCUAAAGUCUUAGAGUGGUUCAGCCGCAGCACAGACAGCAACGACUGGCUGGAGACUGAGAGCGAUCAACCAGACAUAGAGGAAGACGUGAUUGGCUCUGUGAAAACAGAUACAGAUGAUCAGCCUACCUUUGAGAGCAGGUCUCAGCAGAUGGAGAGGAAAGCUCCAGAGGUGAAGAGAAAGCUUCUACAUGUUGACCCCAGACUGGAUAUACAAAGUAUUGGAGAAGGAAUGUCAGUGUGUUUAACACCAGAGGUAGAGGAUGGAUCUCAGUCUGAAUCCUCUGUGGAUCAACCUCCGGACCAGUCACCUCUGAAUACAGAAAGAUCAUACCAGCCCAAGAGACGCUUGUCUGAGGCUGAGAGGCUGAGAGCAGCAUAUAGGAAGGAGUUCAAGCAAGUGAUGUUAGAUAGAGAACAGGAUGUGGUAGAUAGGCAAGAGGAUGUGAAGGUCAGUGGCCCUCCAGCCAAAGCUGCUGGUCCACAGGUCACAACACAGGAAGUAAAACAGAAGGAGGAGGUCCAAGAUGAGAACCAACCACCCAAAAUCUCCCACCUGAAGUCCUUCUGGGAGAAGGGCAACACCGGUCCCAAGAUACUCAUCAGCAGAUCAAUCAUUGACAAAGGACAGAAACAAAUGGAGAAAGAGAAAGAAAGAGAGAGAACUAGCAGAGAAGUCUCAUAGAACUGUUCCUGGCCCAGAGUCAUACGGUGUAGAGGAGUCAUCCAGGAAGAAUCUUGGGGAUGGAAAAGAAAAUGAACGGUUAAGCCUAGAUACUCAACAAAACCCUGCUAGUCAAGAUGUGAGAAGUGUACAGCCGAGUGUUAGCCCUUACAAACAGGAGGUAUACACACCCCAAAAGAGUGUUGUUAUUGCUCCCUCUGUAGAGAUACGUACACUGCCAACCUGGGAUGUUAGCUACACUCCUGGGGCUCAAAGUGAGGAGGACGAUUUGACUUUAAAAGAAGAAGAUCUCAGAAGAUCCCCAAUGACAGUAGACAGAAGAAGCUCAGAGGCAGAAAUAGUCUUCCUAACUAGACUCCAUCCUCAGCCUGACACGCUGUCCAAGUCCAGACUCAGCCCAGAACCUCAGAGAUUCUCCCCAUCCACACUCAGUCCUCAGCCUGAACUGCUCCUCCAGCCCACAGUCAACCCCCAGCCUGUGAAGCUCUCACCUGCCACACCAAAACCCCAGCCUGAAAUGCCAUCCAGGGCCAGGUCCAAGUCCAGUCCCAAUCCACUGCCUGAACUACUCGUCCAGCCUGCAACCAGCCCAGACUCUAAGAAGUUCCAUCAGUCUAGACACAAGGUUGAAAAAGAAAGUGAACAGUUUGCCCCCAAAACUCAGCAGAGCAAUGUCAAUGAAGAAACAAAGGGGGGUAAAGAAUUGAAAGGAGAUUUUGUACAGUCAAGUGUGUCCAGUAAAAAACAAGACCACACCAUUAAAGAUCAAGGAAAUAGCCCACACACUCUGAAGCAGGUUCCCCCUCGGCAGGACAGCAAGGCAGUCAAGAUAAAGCAGCUCAAGUCCUUCUGGGAGCAGGAGAAGAACAGGCCUAUAUUUUACACUGGUAAAUCAAAAGAGGCAGGAGACUCCAGCGUGACUCAAAUUCCAUCAUCGGCCCCAGGAAAGCUGAAUAAAAGGUUUACCAAGUCAGAGUUUGACCUGAGGUCAAUCUGCAAAGAAUCUGACAGCGACCACGAAGGGGAUUCCAACCUUUCCUCUGACAGAAAAAUACAGAAUUUCACAGUCUUCACGAUGAAUCAGAGACUGGAGAAGUCGUCCCCAGGUCUCGGAGCAAACCGCUCACAGUUUAAGAAUCUCCGUAACUUCUGGGGUGAGGCCACUUCGAAUAGCAGAGGGCCAAUCUCUUCUGACGAACCCAAAAGCCCCAAAAAGAAGGAGCCAAUGGAUGCCCAGAACUCAAUGCUGGAGUUAAAGCAAUGUGUUGACCCUGAUUUCUAUAGCAAAUCUGCCCCCAGCCAGUCACAAAAGGUCAGUGCUAGACCACCUUUGGAUGAGAGCCGGCUCAAGAAAACAUCUUCACCUUCUUCACCAUCUUCUCCAUCUUCUCCAUCUCCCCCUCCAUCUUUAGUCAGGGGGAACAAAGACAGAGAGCACCAGUCAAGGUCUAAAUCGAUUGGAGUGGGUUCAGGAGCUAUGAUUGACACUAAAGAGCACCAGUCUAAAUCUAGAUCAGUUGGGGUGGGAUCAGGAGCUAUGAUUGACACUAAAGCUAACUUCUCACCUCAAAUCACCGUAGAGUCAGAGCAGCAAAGAGUCCCUGGUGUAACAAGGGGCUCAGAACAGGACUUCACCAAAGAGGAAAAGGCCCUAAAGCCCCAAAGCACCUCAGGAAAGGAAUCUUGGUCUCACAAAGCUAGAAAAUACAGUUUUGGAAACUCAAGUGGAAGUGGACGUGCAAGUUCCCUUCGGCGCGCCACCAGUAUGUUCACAUUAGACAUGAAUGAAGAACAGGACCAAACUUCUCUGUUGUACCCUAAAAAGACACUGGAUAUUAGUCCUGUUCAAGCUAAGAGGACACAGGGUAGACGACAGAGUGCUGACAAGCAAGCACUUCCUGGUCCAAGGAGGUCCUCAAAAUCAUCAGACGAGUCUGAAUCUCUGACCCCUCGCGCUCGGGCCUUUGUUCCCAGAGACUACCGCCAUUACCUGGGCAUCACAGAGAAGACCAGCGUCCACACUGCUCUGGCCCCGGCAGUGAAGGAGCAGAGGGAGGCAGAAGGCCCGCCUGGGGCUGAACUUGACCAGAGAGGUGGCCUUGUCAGAUCCAGCACCCUAGUGGGCUCAGAGGAGCGCUACAGCAGAAGGAGCAGCAAGAUAACACAACGCCCCCUGGCCCUCUGGUCAAACCAGGGCAGCACUGACACCGGACGAGAGUCAUCAUUCAGUGAGUCUGAGAGAGCAUCGAGCAGCGCGUCUGAAACUUGGUCCAACUCCAGGACCAGUUCAAGCCGUGAGUUUUGAUGAUCUACUGCAAGACUGCCCAACCCUGUUCCUGGAGAGCUACCGUCCUGUAGGUUUUUGCUCCAACACUAAUCUAGCACUCCUGAUUCUAAUAAUUAGCAGGUUGAUAAGAUGAAUCAGGUUAGUAACACCUGGGGUUGGAGUGAAAACCUACAGGAGGGUAGCUCUCCAGGAACAGGGUUGGGCAGUCCUGAUCUACUGUAUACUAUAACACCCUGUUGUCUUUGUGCAAGUUUUAUGUAACCUGUGUCAUUUCAUGAAAACAUACAAUAGUUAUUUGUUUAUCUGGAUUCCCUGUGAAGUCAUCUUCUUGUAGGUGUUUUUGUAGAUGAGGCAGCAUCCAGGAUGCAGUGUCCUUGUCUGGCUAUCUGUGUCAGUGUAAAUAGAGUGUGUGCAGGGAAUGAGCUGCCUGUGUUUAAUUUGUGGGUUGGACGAUACGCUUUUGGAACUUUAUUGACAUCACAUGGUGCUUUGAUAGAGCCAACAGCCAAGUAGGCCAAGUUUUGUUUUGUUUGAGUUAAGCAUUCCUGUUCAGGAUAGACCUAGAACAUUCUUGAGUUUACGUUUAUGAGUGAUGAUAUUUACAAUAUCGCCAGUAAAACAAAUGAUUUUCUACAACCUCAAAUAUAUUUUUCUCUUCCAACUUAAAAAUUCUAGCAAAGCUUUCUAAACAACAGACUAUAUACACUGAGUGUACAAAACAUUAUGAACACCUGCUCUUUCCAUGACAUAUAGACUGACCAGGUGAAUCCAGAUGGAAGCUAUGAUCCCUUAUUGAUGUAAUUUGUUAAAUCCACUUCAAUCAGUGUAACUCAAUGCAACUCAAUAUUAGGAAGGUGUUCUUAAUGUUUUGUACACUCAUUGUAAAUGAUCAGUGUAUAGAGGCCGCAUGUAAUGUUUUUUUUAACACGUCAAUGUGUGGUCUUUGUUGAAGGCAUCUCCAUGUACAGUAUGAGCAACUCUUUCUCUAAUGUCUGAUAUUUUAGGUGAAAAUUAUGAUGCGGAUCAGGACCCUGUACAGAAGGCAUUGAGGAGAGCUCAGGCCCGCCCACGAAAUCUGGCUAAAAGUCUUGAGGACAUCACAGCAUCCAUGCCACCACGUGAGAAAUGUCCAUUGUCUCUUCAACCACUAUACAAGCAUUAUAGUGGUGCUGUCAGGAUGGCUCAGGUACCAGUAUUAAUUCAUGUUGGGGUGAAAGUGUAAUGCUGUCUUUGUUUUCCACCAUUCCCUACAGGACAAGAUAGAAGACUAGCUCCUCUUCAUGACCUCAGGCGAAGCAGUGAUGGUUAAGAUUUGUUUUGUACCUUUCUUAGAACUUUGAUUUGCCUUUGGAUUGAUAUUGGGUUAGACAGUUUAUACCAAAUAUAAUGUAGAAUACAGGCUUUUUAUUCUAUGUUGUAGAAUGCUAGCAUUGCUGGGUAAUUCAAUAGCUAUAGUAAGUGAUCUAUGAUAAGGUUAUGAGAGUAUUAUGGGACCUUAAAAAAUGAACCUCUCAUCUCUCUCUCUGUUCUGUCCUCCCUCAGCAUCCACCCUCCCCUCUCCCUCCUCAUCUCUCUCUCUGUUCUGUCCUCCCUCAGCAUCCACCCUCCCCUCUCCCUCCUCAUCCCUCUGCUCUGACCCUGAACAUUUAAAGAAGAUGAGCAAAUCUGUUCCCUCGUUCCUGCAGAAUGAGGUAAAGCCACCGCAGCUUUAUUCCAUGCGAGCGCUUUAGGUCAAAGAACACUGAUUGUCUGUAUGUCUGUAUGUGCACUGGGCAUUCUAGCUCUGCUGUCUGUGUUCUAGAGCAAUGGCAGAGACACUAACUCUGAGGACAGUUACCAUGGAGGCAGGCAGAAGACGGGCAGAUCUAUGACUAACCUCAGCAGCUCCUCUGGCAUGGCAUCUGUGUCCUCUGUAUGUUCACAGCACGCACAUUUUCUGCCUAACCAAGCUGAACUUUCUAUUGGCAACUAUCAUGAUUAUACAAUAUUAACAGUCUAAUUAAAUCUCUUAAUUGUCCCAUUAACCACACAUUUUAUAGUUUUUCACAUCAUGAUUUUAAUGAGAACUGCCUGAAAGGCUAUGGUUUUAUGUAAACUGUUUAAAAGGUUUUACCUCUGUGUGUGUUAGCUGAGUGGCAGUGUGCUGACCAUGUACAGUGGGGACUAUGGAGGUGUGGAGGUGCAGGGGAACAUCCAGUUCUCCAUCAACUACGUCCAGAAGCUCAGGGAGUUCCAUAUCUUUGUGGCUCAGUGCCGAGACCUGGCCGCCGUCGACCCCAAGAGGGGCCGCUCUGACCCGUGAGUACGGUACCAACUAUUAUACUAGGCCCCUGAUAGAACUCCUUAUGGUCCCUGAAUAUUGGGAAUUCCUAAUAUAUAGCCUUGCUUUCUUAUUUACUACUCCAUAAUUGAUUGGACACUGCUGAAAUACAUGGUACUUUGUGUGUAUGAUUCUUGUGUUUCUUGUCGUAGGUAUGUUAAAAGUUACCUGGUGCCUGACAAAGCCAAUCUAGGGAAGAGGAAAACUUCUGUGAAGAAGAAGACUGUCAACCCCAUUUUCAACGAGCUCCUCAGAGUAAGAGAGUUUCUAAAAACUCUAUAUGAUUUAAGUUGAAUAGAGAAAUGUAUAAUUACAUGUACAUCAGGUCUGACAUAAAGUGCUUUUAACAAAAACUCUCUCUCCUGUUCCUUCAUCAGUAUCGGCUUCGUAUAGAGUACCUCCGAACUCAGACCCUCAUUCUCUCCGUCUGGCACCACGACACCUUUGGCAGGAACAGUUUUCUGGGCGAGGUGGAUGUGGACCUGUCCAAAUGGGACUUUGACCACACCCAGAUGAACUACUUAGCGCUGAAAUCCAGGGUAAGACAACAACACACCUGCUUUGUCUGUGUACUGGGCUCAUUCAGUACUGUACUAAAACAUUAAUCCAAGACUGAAAUCCUUUUGCUAAUUAUUUCAAUGGCUGUGCGUGUUAGUAUUGUGUGACAUGACGUGUGUGUGCUGCUAUACACAGUAGGUUGUGGAGGUGUGAGUGUGGUUUGGAGUGUAUCCAGUGAGGUGGUGGUGCUAUAUAGUAAAUUGGGGUGUGCUCACUGUACUCUCUGUGCUGACUGUCUCCCCCUGGUCUCCUCAGCCCACCUCCAGUCUGCAGCCCUCAGAUGACAGAGGGGAGAUGAAACUGGCCAUACGCUUCCUGCCUCAAGUCUCCCACAGUAAGAGUCUGCACGCCUCACAUGUCUUUAACUGUCACCAGUGUCUAUAAGGAAUGUAUUAUAUUGAAAAGGUAUAUUUUAUCAAGAAAAUGUGUUGCUUUCGUUAACUAGUUACCAUACAUUAAAAUAUGACUUUUGUGCAAUAGAAAGAUACAGGGCACACAAGUUCACUGAAUCAUGCUUGAUUCUGACCCCUAGGCAAGGACCCCCUCUCUAACAAAGGUGAGGUUCACAUUUGGGUGAAAGACUGCAAGAACCUUCCCCUCAUCAGAGGGGUCACCAUCGACCCAUAUGUCAAGUGGUACGUACGACACAUGCCAUAAAUGAUAUCAACAUUUGAAAUGUAUGAAUUGCUAAAUAUGAUCAAGGAGAACUACAGUAUCUGGGGAGAACAGAAGAUGUGGAGCCCUAUCAUAAAGCCAUAUCCCCUUCUUAGAACAGAAGAUGUGGAGCCCUAUCAUAAAGCCAUAUCCCCUUCUUAGAACAGAAGAUGUGGAGCCCUAUCAUAAAGCCAUAUCCCCUUCUUAGCCUCAAUUUCCAGCCUUUCAAAUUUGCUUUGCUCAGGAUAGUUAUAGGUAGGUAUAUGUCAUAUUUCUGAAACAAUUGCCUUGUGAGACUUGUGAGACUAUCUCCUCCGUAGCUUCGUGCUCCCAGACACGAGCAGAAAGAGUCGUCAGAAGACGCGGGUGCUGAGGAGGACGGUGGAGCCGGUGUUUAACCACACCAUGGUGUACGACGGCUUCAGACAGGAAGACCUGAAGGAGGCCUGCGUGGAGCUGACCGUGUGGGACCGUGACAAGCUGGCCAGUAACCUCCUGGGCGGUCUAAGACUGGGGCCUGGCACAGGUACUAAUGGACUAUUCUAUUAUUUUAUAUUAUAUUCUAGAUUUCUCCAUACAAACACAUUCAUUUUAUUCCAUUGACUUCAUUGGCUAAGCCUAGGUUCUCUCCAUCUCUCCAUAUAGGCAGAAGUUAUGGGGCGGUGGUGAAUUGGAUGGACUCGAAUGCUGACGAGGUAGCUCUAUGGGAACGAAUGAUGACCUCUCCAAACGAAUGGGUGGAGGAUGUGCUGCCACUGAGAAUGCUGACCACAGCAAAGACUGUGCUGAAAUGA